GAUUUGACAGUUUCUAAACGAAAACAAAUUAGUCUUUGAAACGUUCUGUCAAAAUCUGCAAGUGUCAUUAGAUCAGCUGUUGUCCCUUGCCUGACAGAAGACUUGAAAGGAAUAACUAAAAAUAUAAUAUUGUUAUUGGAAAUAUUUACCGCAAAUAUAUCUACCGGUAAAUGAAUUAUAGUAUUAUUUUAUCAAUCUAAUUGUUACAAAUCACUACCAUGUCGACUGCAAUGACUUUUGGGCAAAAACAGUUCAUACCAACCCCACCAGAUAAGGGAAGCUUUCCUCUGGAUCAUGAUGGAGUUUGUAAAGUUAGCAUGAGAAAAUAUAUGAAGUGUUUAUUGAACAAUAACGGUAAUAAUUCUAUGUGUCGAGAUGAAGCUAAGGAAUAUCUUGGAUGUAGAAUGGAUAACAACCUAAUGGCCAAAGAAGAUUGGAGUAAGUUAGGUUUUAAAAAUGAAGUUACAGAAGAUAAGAAAUGACAUAUUGUUAAUUGGUUUAGGUAAGAACACUGUUGACUAUUUUGUUGUAUUUAAUACAUUUUAGUAAUAGAAUA